UUCAAUUAUUAUUAUUAUUACUUCUUGUAUGCGUUUCUUUUUUCUUUUUUUAAAUCCUGCAUCACUUUAGGUCUACUUAAGGAGUUUAUAAAUUUUUUUAAAUAAAUACUUUUUUCUACCUUCACCACCAAGGUCACGCAUGCACGUCGACCCAUUGGUUCCACGUGAGCUGUGAGAUCAUACAUCUGUGUAAAAUGGCAGGACUGAUUAAUUUUCAAGAUGAAAAAGAAGUCAAAGAGUUCCUUGACAAUUUAGGAGUGGAGUACAGAUACCAGUGCUACAAGGAGAAAGACCCUGAAGGUUGUCAGAGGCUGGCAGAUUACUUCGAAGGGGUGAAGAAGAAUUACACUCAGGCAGCACAGGUUCUCAAGCAUAACUGUGAGAGUCAUGGUCAUGGAGAGAGCUGCUACAAACUUGGUGCUUACCAUGUCACGGGCAAAGGUGACGUGACGGAGUGUCUAAAGACUGCCUACUCCUGCUUUGUCAAGGCAUGUAACACCACAGGAAAGAAGUCGGUAGACGCAUGCCACAACGCCGCCUUGCUUGCCCUUGAUGGUCGAGCCUUAGAGGGUGGUCCAGAUCCCGUGGUGGCUCAUAGCUACUAUAAGAAAGCCUGUGAGGGAGGAUUUGCACCUAGCUGCUUCAAUCUGAGUGCCCUAUACAUUCAGGGCUCGGCAAAUGUGAACAAAAACAUGCCAGAGGCAUUGAAGUAUGCCAUGCGGGCGUGUGACUUGGGGCACGUUUACGGCUGCUCGAAUGCCAGCCGCAUGUACAAACUGGGGGAUGGCACGGAGAAGGAUGACAAGAAGGCGAUGGAGCUGAUGAACAAAGCGAAAGAACUUCACGGACAACAGAAAGAACAGCAACUGAAAUUCGGAGAGUAAGACAAGGACAAAGUGCCACAUUGUGGGUGAUACUCAGUACCUGCUAUACAAGAUUUAGGAAUGUGUGAGAGGUGUAGCUGCAUAGUAUGGUCCUAGGGCUGUUUCAUUUGAUUAGUUGAUGAUUGGAAAAUUAGAUCGAUAUGUAACAAAUUUGGACAUUUUGAAAUGUGAAUUUGUAAAUCUGAUAGAACUAUAUUGUAUGUUAAUAAAUGUGUUAUUUAAUGCAUUAAACAUAGUUAAUUACAUUUUUUUAUUUCUAGUGGCAUGGAGUAACUUAAGGCAGGGGAUCUCGGCCACUUUCGACCCCCUUCCAGUGAAAAAACAUUAAGAGCACAAUCUACCUAUUUAAUAUCAGCCACGUGUGCUGCAUUGUUUUUUUACUGGAUCAGUAAGAUUUGACAAUACUCCAUAUUAAUUCCUGGUCUGUGUUUGAGCAUUGGUGGCUCAGUGGUAGGUUUCCCACCUGCCAUGCAGAAAGCCUGGGUUCAAUUCCCACCAAAUGCCUAAACCCCAGCUUCUGCAGUGCCGGACUCAAGCCCUGAUAAAAUAGGAGGGUUGCAUCAGGAAGGGCAUCCGAUGUAAACCCUGUGUCAAGUUCUGUG